AUGCUUUGUGUCCUCGGCAGUGCGCUGGUCAGGGCGUGUAUGAACGCAGAAGCGGCAGCAGGAAUGAUUUCACUGGGGUGUUUAUUCGAUUAUAAAACAGUCAAAUAUGUUGUCACUCCGAAUAGAAAAGUCGGAGUCUUAUACAGAAUAUUUCAACUCGUUGUCGUUGGAUAUCUGAUCGGGUGGGUGUUCCUGACAAAAAAAAAAUACCAAUUGACAGAUGACACAAUUGAGAGCUCUGUGAAAACAAGAGUUAGAGGAUUUGCGAUCGUCAAUACUUCAGAAAAUGAGCAAGACCUCUGGGGGCCGGAGGAUUACAUUGUCCCUCAUCAGGGUGACAAUGUUUUUCUUCUAACAACCAAUUUUUUAGAGACUCCGAACCAAACGUUAGGCCACUGUCCAGAGAGCCCAUUUCUACCAUAUAGUAAUUGCACUUUGGAUAAAGACUGCAGAAAGGGGGAGGCUGGUGCUGUUGGAAAUGGGAUAAAGACUGGCAAAUGUGACGUCACCAGUAGCACCUGUGAAAUAUACGGCUGGUGUCCAGUUGAAAGGAGAAGACGUCCAGACGUGCCAAUGCUGAGUGCAGCUGAAAACUUCACAUUGUACAUAAGGAACUUCAUUCGAUUUUCCAGGUUUAACCUUUCAAAAUCAAAUGUUCGAGAGACAACUGACAGAACAUAUUUAAAGACUUGCUACUAUAAUGAAAACACAGAACCGUACUGUCCUGUUUUUCGUCUGGGAGACAUUUUACACAAAGCUGGGAAAAACUUUCAAGAGAUGGCUGUAGAGGGUGGCUCAAUUGGGAUUCUGAUUGACUGGCAGUGUGAUCUUGAUAAGGGAUUCUCAGAGUGCCAUCCUAAAUACAACUUUAUACUGCUGAACACCGAAAACACAACAAAAUAUAAAUUCAGAUAUGUUAACUAUUACAAAGGUUCUAAUGGUGAGAGAUACAGAACUUUGUAUAGUGUGUUUGGAAUUCAUUUUGACAUCAUGGUCUCUGGAAUGGUAUGCUUAAUACUUAUAAUGAAUGUAACGUUUGUAUACAUUAUUAUUAUUAUCAUUAUCUUUGUUGAUGUUGUUGAUUUUUGUAUUUUUGUCCAGGCAGGGAAAUUUGAUAUUAUUCCUACCAUUGUCAAAAUAGGCUCGGGUCUUGCUUUAUUGGGUGCCGGUGCUUAUUUUUGUGACAUAAUACUACUGUACACAAUGAAGAGGAGAACUCUUUAUAGAGUGUCAAAAUAUGAGACAGUGAUCAAGAAUUGCGACAUAGAACAGAUGCCGGAGGAUGCUAUGUCUCAACGAGCAGUAAUGACACUACAGUCUCUUUUUUAUUAUAGAACUGUCAAAUAUGUGGUCGCGAAAAACAAGAAAGUGGGAGUUUUAUACAGAAUAUUUCAGCUCGCUGUAAUUGGAUAUCUAGUCGGGUGGGUGUUUGUGGUAAAGAAAGGAUAUCAGGCCAUAGAUGAAACUAUUGAGAGUUCUGUAGUGACAAAAGUUAAAGGAGUUGCGCUCACUAAUACAACAGGUAGAGGCGCACACCUGUGGGGGCCGGAGGACUAUGUCAUCCCACAACAGGGUGAGCAUGUCCUUUUCAUAACAACCAAUUUUAUAGAGACCCCAAACCAAAAAUUAGACACCUGCUCUGAGAGCCCUAAGUUACUGGAUGCUGUUUGCAGUAAGAAUGAAGACUGCACACAGGGAGAGGCUGUUCUGACCGGAAAUGGGAUUAAGACUGGCAUAUGUCUGAAAAAGGAGAGAAAUUCUACUGGCAUUUGUGAAAUAUAUGGCUGGUGUCCCACUGAAAACAGCCAGCGACCGAAUGUUCCACUGCUGGGGAAAGCGGAAAACUUCACUUUAUACAUAAAGAACUUCAUAAGAUUUUCUAAGUUUAACUUUUCAAAAUCAAAUGUUCUAGAGACAAAUAAUGAAACGUAUUUAAAAAGCUGCUUGUAUGAUAAGAUUCAUCAUCCAUACUGUCCCAUAUUUCGACUCGGUGAUGUUGUGCGCAAAGCCGGGAACAACUUUCAGGAUAUAGCUGUCCUGGGUGGUUCAGUUGGAAUUCUGAUUGAAUGGCGGUGUGAUCUUGAUAAAGGAUAUUCAAAGUGUCAUCCUCAAUACAGCUUUACAAGUCUGGACACCAGCACGACACCCAGCUCAGUUGCAGCUGGAUAUAACUUCAGAUAUGUUCGCUAUUUCACAAAUGCUGCUGGUGAGGUGCACAGAAAUCUGUAUAAAGUGUUUGGAAUUCAUGUUGACAUCAUUGUUUAUGGAACGGCAGGAAAAUUCAAUAUUAUUCCUACUGUUGUCAACAUAGGCUCAGGUCUUGCUUUAAUGGGUGCUGGUGUAUUCAUCUGUGAUAUGGUACUACUGUACCUGAUGAAACAGAGCACAUUGUACAGAAAGAAGAAAUUUGAGACCAACUGA